GCGCCCCUCGUCGGCGGCUGCUGGGCUUCGGCCGGGGUCCGCCGGCAGCGCGAGCCGUGCAAAGCCGCUGUCCCGCUCCCCGGGGGUCGCGGGGACCGAGCCGCGCGCCGGGUCGGGGACGGACAGUCCUCAAAGUUUAGUCCGUGGGGGACGCAGCGUCGAGCCCGGCAGGUGCGGCCGGGCCUGGCGGGGACGCUCGCGGCCUUGCGGGCGAGCACGGCCGGGCACGGGUGAGGAGAGAUCAACUCUGAAGUUGGCGAGAGGCGUCGCCCCUCUUCCGCUCCGCCGUGCGUCCAGCCGUGGCACCCCGAGCCCGGGGCGCUCCGGGGCUAUGCAGCCCCCGCCCGGCGGCCCUGAGGAGCCCGCUGCCAGGUAGACGCACGGCGCCCCGGGACCCUGCCGGCACCCCUGUUCGACCCAGGAUGCUACCGGCCCUCCCCCUUCUCCUCCUCCUCGGAGGUGCUCUGGCCCGUUCAGACCGGAUCACUUUUCCAAAUUCUGCUUGUGAGGCUCCCCCGGCAGUGCUUUCGGAAGUACAGGGCACUUUACAGAGGCCCCUGGGCCGGGACAGCCGCAGCUCCCCUGCCAACUGCACCUGGGUCAUUCUGGGCAGCAAGGAACAGACAGUAACUGUCAGGUUCCAGAAGCUGCACCUGGCCUGUGGCUCAGAGCAUUUGACCCUGCACUCCCCUCUCCAGCCACUGGUCUCCCUGUGUGAGGCUCCUGCCAGCCCUUUGCAGCUGCCAGGGGGCAAUGUGACCAUUACAUACAGCUAUGCUGGGGCCAGAGCACCCAUGGGCCAGGGCUUUUUGCUGUCUUAUAGUCAAGAUUGGCUGCUCUGCCUUCAGGAAGAGUUCCAGUGCCUGAACCACCGCUGUGUGCCUGCUGCCCAACGCUGUGACGGGAUUGAUGCCUGUGGCGACGGCUCUGACGAGGCAGGUUGCAGCUCAGAUCCGUUCUCUAACCUGAACCCAGCCCCUGCAACUCUGCCCUGCAAUCUUACCUUGGAGGACUUUUACGGGGUCUUUUCCUCCCCUGGAUAUUCACACCUGCCCUCAGCCUCCCACCCGCAGUCCUGCCUGUGGCUGCUGGACCCCCAUGAUGGCCGGAGGCUGGCAGUGCGCUUCACAGCCCUAGACUUGGGCUAUGGAGACGCGGUGCACGUGUAUGAUGGCCCUGGGCCCCCCGAGACCCCUCGGCUGCUACGCAGUCUCACACACUUCAGCAAUGGCAAGGCUGUCACUGUGGAAACCCUGUCUGGUCAGGCUGUUGUGUCCUACCACACAGUUGCGUGGAGCAGUGGCCGGGGCUUUAAUGCUACCUACCAUGUUCGGGGCUACUGUCUACCUUGGGACAGACCCUGUGGCUUGGGCUCGGGCCUGGGGGCUGGCGAGAACCUAGGUGAACGCUGCUACAGUGAGGCACAGCGCUGCGAUGGCUCGUGGGACUGUGCCGAUGGCACAGACGAGGAGGGUUGCCCCGGCUGCCCACCAGGGCACUUCCCCUGUGGAGCUGCUGGCACCCCUGGGGCCACAGCCUGCUACCUGCCUGCUGACCGCUGCAACUACCAGACAUUCUGUGCGGACGGGGCAGACGAGAGGCGCUGCCGGCAUUGCCAGCCCGGCAACUUCCGAUGCCGGGAUGAGAAGUGUGUGUAUGAGACGUGGGUGUGUGACGGCCAGCCGGACUGUACGGAUGGCAGCGAUGAGUGGGACUGCUCCUACGCUCUGCCCCGGAAGGUCAUCACAGCGGCGGUCAUCGGCAGCCUCGUGUGCGGCCUGUUGCUGGUCAUCGCCCUGGGCUGCACCUGCAAACUCUAUGCCAUUCGCACCCAGGAAUACAGCAUCUUUGCCCCGCUCUCCCGAAUGGAGGCUGAGAUCGUGCAGCAGCAGGCACCCCCUUCCUACGGGCAGCUCAUUGCUCAGGGUGCCAUCCCACCUGUGGAAGACUUCCCCACAGAGAACCCUAAUGAUAACUCUGUGCUGGGGAACCUACGUUCUCUGCUCCAGAUCUUACGCCAAGAUAUGACCCCAGGGGGUCCUUCAGGGGGCCGCCGUCGCCAGCGGGGCCGCUCUGUUCGUCGUCUGGUGCGCCGUCUCCGUCGUUGGGGUCUGCUUCCUCGAACCAAUACCCCAGCUCGGGCCCCUGAGACCAGAUCCCAGGUCACACCUUCUGUUCCCUCUGAGGCCCUGGAUGACAGCACAGGCCAGGCCUGUGAAGGUGGGGCAGUCGGGGGCCAGGACGGGGACCAGGCUCCUCCGCUACCCAUCAAGGCCCCCAUCCCAACCCCAAGCACACUUCCAGCCCUUGCUGCUGUCACUGAGCCUCCAGGCCCACUACCCUCAGUGCCUGUAGAACCAUCACUGUUGUCUGGAGUUGUACAGGUUCUACGGGGCCGCCUCCUACCCAGCCUGUGGUCCCCAGGACCCACCUGGACCCCAGCUGGACCUCACACAACAGGCUUGGCCCCAGAGGAUGAGGACGAUGUACUGUUAAUGCCACUUGCUGAGCCAGAGGUGUGGGUGGUCGAGGCAGAGGAUGAACCACUGCUUGCCUGAGGGUGCCUGGCAUUUUGGGGGCUCUGGACACAAUGGCUAUGAUCUUUGGAAGUGGCUCAGCUUCCCCCACUGAUCUAUGUAGCACAGAAUGUUAGGUGUCCCUCAGGCAGGGAGAGAGUCCACUGGGAACAUCUUCUGUGUAGGACUAGUGACUCCACCACCACCCUCCGCCCAUCCUGCUAUCCUGGUGGCAAAGGAGCACAGGCUUGGACACUACACCCUUCCCAACUCCCCACCCAAAAGUGGCCUUACGUUCCAGACUGUCGUCGGCUGGAGAUCUUCUAGUCCCCAAGGGGAGGAUUUGGCCAGGGUGAUGGUUUUGCCAGCCUCCAUCUCUGUGCCUGGUCCUCUUAGAGAACACAAGUGCGUUUGUCCCUUAGCUGCAUCAUUGUCCAGGAAAAUCAAGGAAAAAAAAUAAUAAAAGAAUUACAAAUUUCA